GAGGCGGGGAGCAGAGGAGGAAAAAGCGCUGAGUGAGGGCGGGCGGGCGGGAGGGGAGGGAGUGGAGGAGCCGGGGAGGGGCUCCUUAAAGAAACGCUGCUGUCGCUCGCCUGCUCGCUUCUCGCUCGGCAUUGUGGCCAGCCAGCCGGGCACUCGGGGGGCACGCGCGGCUGCCACUGGAGCUCUGCCCCCGCCCCACCCGCCAGCAGACCUGGGGUGGGGACCCAGGCCGGGGCUCUCGCAGCCACUGCCCGGCGCGGAUCGCGCGGAGCGACCCACUCCACCCGGCGCGGAGAAAGGAGCCACGGAGUCCUCUGCACCCGGCCGGCCUCCCCGCCCCUGACCGCUCGCUUCCCGGCUGCCUUUGUGGCCGCAGCUUCUCGCCGCCGAGCCGAGGGCCGGCGGGGGCGCGGCGCGCACGGCUGAGAGAUGCCCAGCUCGCUGUUUGCAGACCUGGAGCGCAACGGCAGCGGCGGGGGAGGCGGCGGCGGCGGCGGAGAGACCCUGGAUGACCAAAGAGCCCUGCAGCUCGCGUUGGACCAGCUCUCCCUCCUGGGGCUGGACAGUGACGAGGGCGCCUCUCUGUACGACAGCGAGCCGCGCAAGAAGAGCGUGAACAUGACCGAGUGCGUGCCGGUACCCAGUUCCGAGCAUGUCGCCGAGAUCGUGGGGCGGCAAGGUUGUAAAAUCAAAGCGCUGCGGGCCAAGACCAACACUUACAUCAAGACCCCGGUUCGCGGGGAGGAGCCUGUGUUUGUUGUCACGGGCAGGAAGGAGGAUGUGGCCAUGGCUCGCAGGGAGAUCAUCUCGGCCGCUGAGCACUUCUCCGUGAUCCGCGCCUCCAGGAGUAAGAACACGGCGCUCAACGGCGCGGCGCCGGGGCCGCCCAACCUCCCGGGGCAGACCACCAUCCAGGUGCGGGUCCCUUACCGCGUGGUGGGGCUCGUGGUCGGGCCCAAGGGCGCCACCAUCAAGCGCAUCCAGCAGCAGACGCACACGUACAUCGUGACGCCCAGCCGCGACAAGGAGCCGGUGUUCGAGGUGACGGGCAUGCCGGAGAACGUGGACCGAGCUCGCGAGGAGAUCGAGGCGCACAUCGCCCUGCGCACCGGCGGCAUCAUUGAGCUCACAGACGAGAACGACUUCCACGCCAACGGCACGGACGUGGGCUUUGAUCUGCACCACGGGUCCGGCGGGUCCGGCCCGGGCAGCCUCUGGAGCAAGCCCACCCCCAGCAUCACGCCCACCCCCGGCCGCAAGCCCUUCUCCAGCUACCGCAACGACAGCUCCAGCUCGCUCGGCAGCGCCUCCACAGACUCUUACUUUGGCGGGGGGACCAGCGGCAGCGCAGCCGCCACCCCGCGCCUGGCGGACUACAGUCCCCCCAGCCCCGCGCUCAGCUUUGCCCACAACGGAAACAACAGCAGCAAUGGCAAUGGGUACACGUACACGGCAGGGGAAGCUUCCGUGCCUUCCCCCGACGGCUGUCCGGAGCUCCAGGCCACCUUCGACCCGGCUCCCGCCCCCCCGCCUGGGGCGCCCCUUCUCUGGGCCCAGUUUGAGCGGUCCCCGGGAGGUGGACCUGCAGCUCCCGUGUCCUCCUCCUGUUCUUCCUCUGCCUCUUCGUCCGCUUCGUCCUCCUCCGUGGUCUUUCCCGGGGGCGGCGCCAGCGCGCCCUCCAACGCCAACCUGGGGCUGCUGGUGCACCGCAGGCUGCACCCCGGCACCAGCUGCCCGCGCCUGUCCCCGCCCUUGCACAUGGCCCCGGGGGCUGGCGAGCACCACCUGGCUCGCCGGGUGCGCAGCGACCCGGGAGGAGGGGGCCUGGCCUACGCGGCCUAUGCCAAUGGGCUGGGGGCGCAGCUGCCGGGCCUGCAGCCAUCAGACACGUCGGGCUCCUCGUCGUCGUCCAGCUCCUCGUCCAGCUCCUCGUCGUCCUCCUCUGGCUUGCGGCGGAAGGGCAGCCGCGACUGCUCCGUGUGCUUCGAGAGCGAAGUGAUCGCCGCGCUGGUGCCCUGCGGUCACAACCUCUUCUGCAUGGAGUGCGCCAACCGCAUCUGCGAGAAGAGCGAGCCUGAGUGCCCGGUCUGCCACACCGCGGUCACGCAGGCCAUCCGCAUCUUUUCCUGAGGGCAGUGAGCGCCUGCGCACAGCGCGCUGGGAAGGGGGACCCUCCCCUCCAUCCUCACCCCACAGCGCCCGCUGGCCUCCUUGGUGCCCCACCUUCUCCCCACCUCCCUGCUCACACUCUUGAGAUCCGAGAGGAGCUUGGAAAGCUGUAGUAUCCGCUCGUUUUUAAAAUUUAAUUUUUAAACAAAGGAACUUGCCAGGAUAUCUGCAUCAAGAGUACUGUGGCCUGGGAAAGCUCUGAAACACCUGACAUGCAUGCUCUAUAAAUAAUAGGAACGGCGACCUUCUAGUAAUGAUAGUUCUUACACUGUACUGAAUAGGAAGCUUCCAAAAGAAGAAAACCCCACAAGUUUUCCAUUUUCUCAAAGUAGGAAAAAGUGAACAAUAAUUAUUAUGAAAAGGAUGAUAGUGCUAUGGACGUGUGGAGUGUUUUAGUGUGUCCCUUUUGUGGCUGGGUUCCUACCAUGCUUGUUCCAGAACACAGUGGAUCCUUUCUGAAUGUCCGUGGAAGGGCCAGGAGUUCCUGUGAAACCAGGAUACUGCAGCUUUAUUAAAGUUAAAGAAACUGUAACCUAUCUCUUAUAUAUUAAAAACGUUUAAAAGUUUUAAAGAGAAAU